AUGCAUGGAGGAGCCGACGGUAAUAACGUGCAAGAAUUAAUUGCACAAAGACGUUUACAAUUAGCAGGAAAAAGUGGACUUUCAGGAUUAGCUGCAAACAAGAAAUCCAUGUUCAUUGCCAUAUUUGCCUCUCUUGGUGGUCUAGUCUAUGGUUAUAACCAAGGAAUGUUUGGUCAAGUUUCUAGUAUGCCUUCAUUCGAAAAAGCGUCAGGAGUUGGGACCAUUCAAGAUAAUCCAAUUUUACAAGGUUUAUUAACUUCGAUUUUGGAAUUAGGUGCCUGGAUAGGUGUUUUGAUGAAUGGGUUUGUAGCUGAUAAGUUUGGAAGAAGAUGGUCAGUUGUUUUUGGGGUCCUUUGGUUUUUCGUUGGUGUUAUUGUUCAAGCUUGCACCCAUGGCGGUGAUUACAACUUUAUUCUCGGUGGUAGAUUUGUGGUCGGGGUUGGGGUUGGUAUACUUUCGAUGGUUGUCCCAUUGUAUAAUGCUGAAGUUUCUCCACCUGAAAUCAGAGGGUCUUUAGUUGCUUUACAACAAUUAGCUAUUACAUUCGGGAUUAUGAUUUCAUAUUGGAUCACAUAUGGUACUGACUAUAUUGGAGGAUCUGGAGAAAAGCAAAGCUCUGCUGCUUGGUUGGUUCCAAUUUGUAUCCAAAUAGCCCCUGCAUUGAUUUUGGGUUCUUGUAUUUUCCUUAUGCCAGAGUCUCCAAGAUGGUUAAUGAAUGAAGGACAAGAAGAAAAGUGUUUAGACGUUCUUGCCAAAUUGAGAGGCUUGGAUAAAAACAACGAUUUGAUUCAAAUGGAGUACCUCGAAAUGAAAGCUCAGAGAAUCUUCGAAAAGGAAUUAGAAGUUAGCGCAUACCCUCAUUUACAAGAUGGGUCUACUUUAUCCAACUUUAAAAUUGGGUUUUUGAAGUACAAGUCGAUGAUUACCCAUUAUCCCACCUUCAAGAGAGUUUCUGUUGCUUGUUUGAUUAUGAUGUUCCAACAAUGGAGUGGCGCUAAUUUCAUUUUAUACUAUGCACCAUUCAUCUUCAACUCCUUGGGUUUAUCAGGGAGAACAAUCUCCUUAUUAGCUUCGGGUGUCGUUGGUAUUGCGAUGUUCGUUGCAACUAUCCCAGCGGUCUUAUGGGUUGAUCAAUUAGGUAGAAAACCAGUCUUGAUCUCUGGUGCAAUCAUUAUGGGUCUGUGUCACUUUAUAGUUGCAGGUGUUUUAGGUGGUUACGGUGGAGAUUUUACAGGACAUGCAGGUGCAGGUUGGGCUGCUGUUGUUUUCGUCUGGCUCUUUGCUGUCGCGUAUGGUUAUUCUUGGGGUCCAUGUGGUUGGGUCAUCACAGCCGAAGUCUUUCCGUUAGGUAUGAGAGCUAAGGGGGUGUCCAUUGGUGCAUCAUCGAAUUGGUUGAACAAUUUUGGUGUUGCUAUGGCAACUCCAGAUUUCGUAGCUAAAGCUAAGUAUGGUGCGUACAUUUUCUUAGGUUUGAUGUGUAUCUUCGGUGCUGUUUAUGUUUACUUCUUCUGUCCUGAAACCAAGGGAAGAACAUUAGAUGAAAUAGAUGAAUUAUUCGGUGAUACUUCUGGAACAUCCAAGAGAGAAAGUGCUAUUCAUAACAGAAUCCUCAAGGAAGUUGGAUUAGUAGACUUAAUGGGUAUUAAAAAUUUGGAUUCGGACCUGAAGGAGGAGGAAAUUGCGACAGAGCUUGCUGAUGUUGAAACUCAGAGCACUUGA